UUUGGUGUAUAUGUUGAAAACUGUGCUAAGAAAUUAAAAUGGUAUGAAGUUUUAAACAGCACAUUAUAUGAACCAUUAGAGUUAUUACAAUUUAUAAAUGUAAAUCAAACCGUACAAACAAUUAGCAAAGCAUUCUCAAAAGUAGCAUUAAGUUCGAAUGACUUAUUACUCUCUGGCAUCCUUGAUAUAGAAUCUUUGAACACCUUAAACUCACCUAUUAAAGAAGCCUUACGUACAAAAAAAUUAUGGUCUGCUGUUAAAGAAGAUUUAAAAAUUAAACCAUUACUUGAAGGCUUAAAAGAAUUUAUUAUUAAUUAUGUUAAUACUGAUAAUGCCCCAAUAUCAGCUCCAUUUGACAAUAAUUUACUUUAUAAAACUCGUAGCUUGAUUGACGCAGUGAGGCAGACCUUUGUAUUAGAUGGUCCAAUAAAAAAACCUGAUAUUUAUGGAGUAGUUGAAAGUGAAACUCACUCUGAUCUUAAACUUUUAUUGGAAACAUUUCUGGAAUUUUUUAUUAUUGAUAAAAAAAUAGCACCAUUUUCACGUUUAAGAAAACUAGAGACUCUUGAAAUUCCAUUUAAUGAUGGUUCUACACAAGAAUUAAUCAGAUUAAUUCAGGUAUUAUACACAUUUAGCAUUUAUAUUGAUAAAAAUUUGGAAAUCAUAAAGUUAAUUGAGGAGGAAUCACCAGAAAUAGACUGCAAUGCUGCAGUCAUUUCAAUUGACACUGGCAAAAUGAACAUCUUUAUCAGAGGAUAUCAAUCACCGUUAAUCUUAGGAGGACAUGAAAAGAUGUCAUUACCCAAGAGCCUCGAAGAUCAAGAGGAACGAUGGACGCCAAGUCCACAUUUACGAAGUUUUAAUAAAAUUAAUCUGAUGUUUUUACUAAGAACAUCUGCUAUUGUUCUUACUUCUUCAAAGCUAAAGCAAUUUGAGUAA